AUGAACCGUUUCUCAUGGAAACACAAAAGAAAAAAUCAUACAAUUGACAAAAAUAAUGGAAUAUUAGGUAGAAUGUUGUGGUCAAGAUAUAUUUUUUGUUUUUUAUUAUUUCUUAUUUGGUAUAUUUGCACGUGGUUUGUGGGUGCUCACCUUCUUAGAAUUGAAACAAAGGAAGGUAUUUAUACAAAGUCAACAUUCAUUAAAGAAUUAGCUUCUGUAGGGGAGUUGAGAGAUGCAGUUUCAGCGGAUUUGAGUUCUCCAAAAGUAAUCAUUUUUUAUUCUUCAUUCUGUGCAUAUUGCCAUAUGGUUUCAAAUUCUUUAAAAAAGGUUGCAGAAUUAUUGACCCCUACUGGUGUAAAGUUCUACGCAUUUGAAUGUGGGAAAGGAUAUAGCGAAUGCUCAACUUGGGGAAUUGAGGGACUCCCUAACCUUAGAUUAAUCGCCCCUGAGAACAAAAAAAUAAAUUUACAAUCAUUAAUUAAUUAUACGGAAUUUAGUGAUAUAAAUUGCACAAGAAAAUCAGAGAAUCACAUUGUAUUCCCCGAGAAACAUAUUCCAAAAUUGAUUGAGUUACCUUAUUUUAAACAUUUGAAAAACCAAUCGGUUUCUAUGUCAGUAAUAAAUGAAGACACCUUUGUUAUGUGCUCAAUUAUUAGAGCCUUUGACUUAGAGAAAGUAUUCAAGCCAGUAAAUAAUAGCUCAGUGUUGUCUUCAUCAGUGAUAUCACAAAUAAAGGCAGGAACUCCUAAUUAUUUGGGUAGGUGGAGUGAGGAGUCAAUGCAAAUAAGUCCUUCCCAUGUAAUAGUUGAUGCAAUAACAACCAAAUUAUAUAUUUUACAUAAUUGGGUUUUUUUUGGUAACGAUGUAAAAGGUAAUUCACAGUUUUUAGAAAAGAAACGUUUGAAUGCUUUGUAUAGAUUUGUUGAAACUAGUUGGGUCCUUAUUCCAAGCAAAAGAACGAGGGUGCAACUUAGAAAUAUAUUGAUAUUUCUUAAAAAAUACAUGGACAAUAGAGACAAUUGUAUUUAUUCUAAACUUUCACUAGAUGAUUGGCAGCGAUUCAUAAAAACAAUUGUGAUUGAAGGUAUAGGUAUUACACAAAAUGGUGGUGAUCCCACAUUUUACAUUUGCAAAAAGUCUCUAUUUUGUGGAAUUUGGCUUCUUUUCCAUUCAUGGACAGUGUCAUUACUUAAAGGUGUUCAAAAACAAGGAAAAGGCUGUCCGUUAUAUAAUGGUCCUUCGCUCACACCUGGGCAGGUUGUGAAUAGAAUAGCCGAAACUGUCAAAUAUUUUAUGGUCUGCCAAAGUUGUAAGGAACAUUUUGAAUCUAUAAUUAAUAAUAAUACAUGUGAUAGAACUUCUUACAUUCCACCAACAGCUGGCGACAAAUUUCCAGUUUUACUUUAUGAAGCUGAGGGUUUGGUCUUUUGGCUAUUUAGAGUUCAUAAUCUAGUAACGCUAAGAGUUGCAACCGAAAGUAGUUAUGAGCAUUUAAGGCAGAAAAGAUCGUCAUUCGUUUCUUAUGUAGGAACUGGAGUCUCCUUCCCUCCAGUUGGGCUCUGUUUUGAGUGUUACCGUCCAAAUCAAACUCCAGCACAAGUAACGAAUCAGAUGUUGAUUAGUAUAAAUGAUCUUACUGAUGAUGAUUAUGAUAAAAAUAUUUUUGAACAAAGACCGGUUGUUGCAUUUUUGGAAACUUAUUACUGGAAAGAAGGCUGGAUUUUGCCGGGAACUGAUCUUGAUAUAAGUAAAUCGAAAUUAGCAUCAGUUGAUUCUUUUCCCUCCUCAAAUUUAAUUGACCCUUUUGAUUCAAUUAAGUCAGUCAAGGGGUCUGCUGAAAUACAGGUUGGGUCAGUAUUUGAUAUCUUCCCUAUUUUGUACCCAAUUCUUACAUUCUUCAUUUUUUCAUUGACAGUUUUCUAUUUAGUUGAAACCGGACCUUUUCUGCAAGAACAAAAACUAGCAAUAUAG